AUAGUCAUAGUCUAGUUUUCCUCCCGCCUCAAUCACGCCACGUUUGACUUCAUCGUCUGGGCUGAACUCAAGUCAAGCCCCAGAAAAGUUGCGCUAAGCGGUCCGGACCCGCCCGGAGCGGCUCCUCGGCAUGCCGGACUGAGCGGCAUGGCUUCGGCCGUCUUCGAGGGCACGUCCCUGGUCAACAUGUUCGUCCGGGACUGCUGGGUGAACGGAGUCCGGAGACUGCUCAUCAGCUCGCGGGGUGACGAGGAGGACUUCUUCGAGAUUCGCACCGAGUGGUCGGACAGGAACGUCCUCUACUUGCACCGCAGCUACUCGGACCUUGGCCGGCUCUUCAGGCGCCUCAACGACUCGUUUCCCGAGGACAGAAGAGACCUGUCCGCUUCGCCACUCACCGAAGGCCUACUGAAAAUCAAAGAAGCAAUCGACAUUGAGGAAAAGCUCAAUGAGGUGGAAAGACUGCUAAAGAACGCCAUUAACAUGCCCUGCAAGUAUUCCAGAUCCGAGGUGAUGCUAACUUUCUUCGAGCGCUCACCGCUGGACCAGGUUCUCCGGAAUGACAAGGUGCACAGAAUUCAGCCUUGUUUCCAGAGCCCGGUCAAGAUUUCAGAGAUCAUGCGCUCAAACGGCUUCUGCCUAGCGAAUACAGAAACCAUCGUGUUCGAUCAUAAGCUCCCAGACGAGAAAGAGAGACCUUCUUCUACGGACUCCAUGGAGCACACGUACGACGAUGGACUGGAGUUCAUGCCGAUGCAGCUGGACGUGUGCGACGAAGAGACGGAGGCCUACGUUACCAACUUGUCCUACUACCAUUUGGUCCCGUUUGAGACGGACAUCUUGGAAUGACAGCUUUGUUUGAACUAUUUAACCGUUGAAUAAAUUGAAAAACCACCAGCAAAGUUGGCACCAGUCGAACAUUUCUGGUGAUCCAUCAUUGAAGGACCUCGCUGCUUCCUGGCCAUGUAAAAUUCAAAGUCAGCAGUUUCAACACCUACUCUGGACUUCCUGUGGGAAUACAAUUAGUUGUUAAGAAGCCCAUUCUGCCAUCGUUGUUUCUUUUGCUAUUUUGGUACCACUAAUGCAACCUCUUAGGGGGAUUUGAGUGGCGGAUUUUGAAGCUUUGACAGCUAAAGCAAUGGAUUCUUUCACGUGGAAGUGGCGAAACUAAAUAUCCGUCCCGGUGUGCCACACGGAACACUUUGUGGUACCUUUAGCGCAAACGCCAAAGCUGAGAUUUUAGUUAAACGUGCUGCACUAAAGACUUCAAGUCUGUUUGUAUUUCCGCUUAGCGCAGACUAGAAUGAGUAUCGGGGUCAUGUGAUGCGCUGAGCUGCCAGUGCAAAAGAGGUCAGUGAGUUCAGUCUGAAGACCUGAAUGUGGGAGUCCACCGCAGGGGGGAACAAGCAGACUCAAAAUGGCCUCUCUUUAAACUUUUAAGCAAACAGCUGAGCAGGAUUAAUUUCUUUUGUGUUGGGUUGCACUUUUGCUGUCCUCAAGCGCCUUCAGACCACCAGACAAAAUGUAAAAUGGUAAACUUGUGUUGUUUGUUUUGUCGAAUGAAUCCAUUUUCGCCACUUGAAUCACAAAAGCUGAAGACACCACAUGUGGGCUCAAGACAACUCACGUUCAGUAUUGUACCCCCCUGCAAAUACUGAGGCAUUCAAGCCUCACAAAGUUGGCACACGAGGCCUCAGCAUGGGUCUGUUUAGUAACACAGUCAUGGUCGCCAUUCAGCCAGUGAGAAAGUACAGCUCGUUCUCACAGAGAAGUUCUUAAGUUCUGGCACUUUGCCUUAAAACACAUUAUUUAAAAGGUUAAAACAUCUGAAGUAACCCUUCACAAGCAUGUUCAUAAUUAUGACAUACUGGGCUGGCACACCAGGCCAAUUCAGUGAUGACCAGCAGACCUUAACAUAAUAUGACAGCUUUAAUGAUUUUAUUUUAUUAAUGUGAAUAAAUAUGAUUGGUUUGGGGAUUAUAAUGACAGGAAUGUUCGUGUUAAUUUUCUGUUAACUAUUCUCACAGUAUUAAAAUUUAUAUUUUAAUAAAAUGACUUGUGGCGUGCUA